AUGAGCAAGGAACCGCCACCAUCUGCCAAUGUCGACCCGGUCAUUGCCGCCAUGGCCGCGGCGGUCGCCUACGACCACCCGUCCCCCGAGCCGCACGCGCGCGCACACCCUUCUGCAGGCCCGAGCAAGCCCCGCCGCACGUUGCAUCGCAUCGGUGCCAAAAAGCGCAAUUGGUGUUGGAACUGGUUCGCACAGGAUGAGCAUGACAAGAACGUGGCCAUCUGCGACUACUGCGGCCGCAGCGUGCGCCGUCUCAAGUCCGACCGGGGGUCGCCCAAAAAACUCCUGGAGCAUCUUCACACCCACAAGAUCACCCCAGAAAUGGAGAACCCGGCACGCAAGCAACCCACCUACACCGCGGGCGCAGAGUCCUUCUACCACUCCAUCCAGAAACGUCGUCGUCCGCGCUCUACCGCGUCUGACGUGGCUACACCCGCGGCCUCCGCUUCCUCGCCCGGCCGCGUCGCGGAGGACGGGCGCGGCGGCGAUGAAAAUACGGCCACGCCCGCGUCCGCUGCCACAGACCAUGAUCCAGCUGCCACUGCGCUGUUUGCAUUCCGCACCUUACGCUUCCUGCUCGAAAACGACGUCUACUUGCACGUCAUCUUCUCGCCGUCCUGGGGCGAACUCGUGGCCAGGCGAGCUCACCCCAACAUCGACGCGUUUCUGCGCCAGCUCGAAGCUCAAUUCGAUGCAGACGGCGAGGACGCUUGCAUGGCCGCGCUUCAUCGCUGCGCAGACCUCCACAACUCGCAACAGCCAUAG